GUUAUUCGGGAUGCUGGGACACGGUAAAUCCUCCAUUAUUAACACGUGCGUGCAGAUCGUCCAUCAAGCGGACUUUAAGAAUGUUGCCGGAUCUGGGAAGUCUAACUACCCCAUCACGAUGGACAGAACGGACUACGACCUGACGUCUCAUGUAGUCAUCAACGACAACCGGGGGGUGAAUAAAAUGAGCCCGGAGGAGCAGGAGGAGGUGGCCGCUCAGAUGGGUCAAAUGCGUGGACAGAGUACAGUAGAAUGGGACCGAAGCGUAAGGGGAAAACUAAACCUGAUUUAUCAGCAAUUCAACUAUCGGCCCAUAGAGAUCACUGUCCCGGUGUUUGUAUACAGUGUAGAGAGUUUACUCACAGACGAAAGAUACGAGGAAAUAGAACCUUUCAUUCGAGAAGCUCACAAAAUCACAGGUAUCUAUCCCAUCAUUGUGCUGACCAAGGUGGGAACCCACAGAGAUAUGGCGGAUGAGUGUUACGACAAGUUUAAGGCUCUGGGAGCCAAUCACGUCUUCCAAGUAGAGAACUACACCGUGGAGCAGCAUGAGCAUCACCCAAAGACACAAGCCGAAGUCCUUAAAUUCCUGGACACCUGUCUGAAGGAGGUGGAUGAAAGUAUCGCAAGGAGGGCAACUGAGGACCCUCAGAAGAAGUACAUGGAUCUCGCUAUGGACGCUGUCCACAACAUCAUACAGAAAGAAAAUGAGAAGAAAGAGAUCAAGAUCCAGAUUAUUAAAGAGAAGUGCGAGAAGAGUAAAGAGGAAAUAAGACGACAGAAAAAUGUGUGAGAAGAAAGAUCGAGACCUGCAGAGGCUGAGGAGGAGAUCCAGGUGCACGGUGAUGUGAACAUCUCCUCUUAAAGGGGUACUCCACCCCCAGACAUCUUAUCCCCUAUCCUUAGGGGAUAAGAUGUCUCAUUGUGGAGGUCCUGCCGCUGGAGACCACCGCGAUCUCGGCUGCGGCACUCCAGACAUCCGGUGCAUGGAGCAAACUUCACUCCGUGUCGGAUGACUGGCGGUGCCAAGCGGAGGGUCGUGACAUCCCCUCCCAUAGACUUGC